GAUCUGGUGAGAUUGCCUAAAGAUGAGGAAGUUGUCCGUUGCAAGUGGGUAUUCAAAAAGAAAGAAGGAACAUCGGGAGUUGAAGAUGCUAGGUACAAAGCAAGACUAGUUGCUAAAGGUUACAAUUAGGUUCCAGGUAUCGACUUCACAGAUGUGUUUUCUGCAGUUGUAAAGCAUAGUUCGAUUCGAGCAUUGCUUGGUAUUGUGGCCAUGCAUAAUCUUGAGCUUGAGCAGUUGGAUGUCAAAACUGUAUUCUUACAAGGAGAACUUGAAGAGCAUAUCUAUAUGCAGUAACCAGAGGGUUUUGUAGUCUCAGGAAAAGAGGACUAUGUAUGCUUGCUGAAAAAGUCUCUUUAUGGCUUAAAGCAGUUGCCCAGGCAGUGGUAUAGAGGUUUGACUCUUUUAUGACCUCUCAUAUGUUUCAGAGGAGCAACUAUGAUAGUUGUGUCUACUUCAAGGAGGUAAGUGAUGGUUCAUUCAUGUAUCUUCUCUUGUAUGUUGAUGAUAUGUUGAUUGCAACAAAGGAUAUGAGAGAGAUAAUAAUAGUCUAAGCCCAACUCAGUAAGGAGUUUGAGAUGAAGGAUUUAGGAGUAGCAAAGAAGAUUCUUGGCAUGGAAAUUAUGAGGGAUAGAGAGAAGUGUAAGUUAUACCUGAGUCAGAAAAGGUAUAUUGAGAAAGUGCUUCACAGGUUCAAUAUGCAAAAUGCCAAGCCUGUCAGUACUCCAUUGGCAACUCACUUCAAACUCUCAGCCACUUUAUCUCCAAAGACAGAUGAUGAGUGUGACUAUAUGUCCCGAGUUCCAUACUCUAGUGCCGUCGGUUCUCUUAUAUAUGCGAUGUGUGUUCCCAACCAGAUUUAUCAUAUACCGUCAGUGCAGUUAGCAGAUACAUGGAAAAUCCUGACAAAGAACAUUGGAAAGCAGUUCAGUGGAUUUUCAGAUACUUGCAUGGAUCUGUUGAUGUUUUUUUGUAGUUUGGGGGAAGUAGAGAUGGAGUAAUCGGGUAUGUUGAUUCUGAUUUUGCAGGAGAUCAUGAUAAAAGUAGAUCCCUUACAAGCUAUGUUUUCACCAUUAGUGGUUGUGCUAUCAGUUGGAAAGCUACCUUACAGACUACGGUUGCUUUGUCAACUACUGAGGCAGAGUACAUGGCUAUUAUAGAGGCUUUCAAGGAAGCUAUUUGGUUGAAGGGUCUGUUCGGUGAACUUAGCAAAGACUUACAGAUUACUAUGGUUUUUUGCGACAGUCAGAGUGCUAUCUUCCUUACGAAAGAUCAGAUGUUUCACAAGAGGACAAAACACAUCGAUGUUCGGUAUCAUUUUGUGCUUGAAAUUAUUGCUCGUGGUGAUAUUGUGGUAAGCAAGAUUAGUACCCUUGAUAACUGUUGAUAUGAUGACCAAGACACUACCAAGUGUCAAGUUUGAGCAUUGCUUGGAUUUGGUUGGUGUUGGCUGUUAAGAUGUGUUCUUAGGGGCUUUUGUAGAAGAGGUGGAGAGUUUGUCUUGAAAUGGAUUUGAGUUCUGAAUUAGAAUUCGCGUCAAGUUGGAGAUUGUUAGAGUUGUGACCCGAAUUUUGUUGAUCCGACCCAGAAAGUUUUGCGGUGUGACCCAUGUUGGUGAUUUUCAAUGGGGUUUAUGCUGGUAGUGUAGGGAUCAGGCCGAUAGGCCCGUGGACCUCUAUGUUUUUUGGGCCUAGGACUUAUUUGUUUGCACAUAUUAUAUAAGUGCAUUUAGUGGGUUGUUUUGUGUAUCCAAAAAAUACUCAUUCUCCACAUUGUACUCCUCUCCUUUCAUUAUAGUGAAACGUCCUUUGCCUCUGCCCGUGGUUUUUCCCGCAAGGGUUUCCACGUAAAUCUGUGUGUUCUUGUUUUCUUUCUGCUUGUUGUUUGCUUUAUUUCUGCCCGAUUCCUAACAGUAAUCUUUCCUGUCUUGCCAUGGGGCUUACAGAACACACGUAAAGGUUGCUUAGGGGAAAAAGGAAUUGGAAUGGUAGAAAUAACUUUCAUUUUGAUGAAAUGAACAUGUCCUAACCUAUUUUGCCACAAGAUGUCCAUAUCAGUCCCUGUACAUGCAUAGGAUGUAUUAUCACAUGAAGCAGUAAAAGAAGAAAUAAGAGGUGCAGUAAGGGAAUUUUUAUCAGUAGAAAAAGAGAGUAUUAGAACAAGAUGUCUGCUUAUUUGAAAAAGGAAUUCAUUCUUGCUUUGUCAAAGGAAAAGGAGAAGUCAACGCAUGAGAAGAACAUUUGUCAGUACAAGACUUGCAUAAAGGUAAACUACUACAUGAAACAAGGUUAUUAGAAUGUGUAGAACUCUGCAGACAUUUGGGACACAAGAGGUAUAGACCAUCUUCUGCUCUACCAAUCACCAGAGGCCUCUUCAUUAAAGAAUCCUGCAUGAAACAAGAUGAUUUGGUGAAACUAACAAUGCAAUUUGAAUGAAUAGUCAUGUUAUGAAUAGAAAUCAAGUUAUACUUGAAAGAUGGCACAUAGCGUACUUUCUUCAAACUGAUCUCAGGACUUAAUGUUACAUUACCAAUUUGUGUAACCUUAACUUUAUAGCCAUUAGGUAAUACAACUAACAAUGGGUAAGGAAGGGUGACAAUGUAGUGCAAUAGGGAUAUGUUAAAAGGCAUAUGGUUUGAGUUUCCUGAGUCUAGUAUCCAUGAGGCAGAUUUGUUAGUGAAACAUUCAAAUGAUAGUUUUCCAAAGUUAGUAGAGGAAAUACAGACUACAAUACCUGCAAAAUAAUAGUCCCACUGGUGCCACUGAUGAAAUUAACUGAGCUAUCAUCAGUGCAUUCCUUAUGAAAAUGUUGUAACCUGUCUUUAACUCGACCAUACUUAUCCUUAGUAAGGCUCACGUUGUACAUUUCUUCAUGGUCAUUUGUAACUCCCUUCUUAGGACCUAGAUCUGAUGAGCAAUGAACAUUAGCCACUGUCCUGUUUCCACUUCCUUUGUUGUACCUGUGAGCCUGGGCAUAAUUUUGGCGAUUAUAAUUGGAGGAGCCUCUAAAACCAUUAGGUCUUGGAGUGGAAUUUGGAAAAUUGUUGUUCCUGUGGUUAUAGUGGAUAAGAAGGUGUGGAGGUCGCGGAUAAGGGUAGAAGGCUAGUGUGAGUGUGUGGGUUGUAGCAGGCAGUCAGGAGAGAUCUUGUGUAGCCGGGUUUGUAACCCUAGGACUGUGUACGUAGGUGUCGUUGGUAUGUGAGGGUAUGUUACUACUAGGUGGGGGACCUAUUUCUUAGUUCCUAUUUUCUUAUUUAGUGUUGCCUUUAUUUCUCGUAUUUCGUUUUUUCUUUGGUUUCAUUUAUAUUAUUUCUUAUUCCCGUUUUUUCUGUUUGUGUCAUCCAUCCUCCUUGUUUAUUAUUCUUUAUCUUGAGCCGGGGGUCUAUCGGAAACAACCUCUCUACUUCUUCGGAGGUAGCGGUAUGGACUGCGUACAUCUUACCCUCCCUAGACCCCACUUUGUGGGAAUACACUGGGUUUGUUGUUGUUGGUGUUGUUGCUGUGGUUAUAGUGGACCUGAUUAUGAUUCUGUCUAUUAGAAUUGACUUUCGAGGAUUGGCUAGAGAUCUGGUUUUGAUUACUGGAGUUAGAAUUAGGUGGAUAACCACAAAGGAGAAAGCAUUUUUCCUUGAAGUGACCUGAUCUCUUACAGUAAUCACAAAACUUAUCCUUGUACUGAAUUGAGCCUGACUGGUUUGUGGCUGAAAACUUUGUCUUGUAUGUUGGAGAUCUACUGGAACUAGCAUGUAAAGCAGUAGACUCUAGAGUGAGAUGAUUAAAAGUGAGAUGAUUAAAGGGUUUAAUCUACCAUUGUUGUUCAUCUUGAACCAAAAGAGAAAAUGCCUGUGCCAUAGAAGGCUAGGGGUUCAUCAUGAAGAUGCUACCUCAGAUUACAGUAUACACUUGAUUCAGUCCCAUUAGGAACUGAAUCGAUCACCGAUCUUGCUCUGCCUUAUGAAAGAUUUGCACCAUUCGCUUGUUCAUAUCUAUCUUCCAACUCCCUCCAAAGCUCAGCUGAAUCCACAACAUAUUCGACACUAUCUGCAAUCUCUUUAGAUAACGAAUUCAGAAUCCACGAUGUGACAAUAUCAUCACAUCUUUCCCAUUGCAUGUAUGUGGGAUGAUUAAAUUUGGGCUUCGCGCAUUCACCAUAGAUAAAACCUAAUUUGUUCUUCACUGACAAGGAUCACAAAACACUUCUCUUCCAUGAACGAUAUCCAACACCAGUAAAUUGCACCGAUACCAGCAUUGUACUGGGAUUGUCAGAAGGAUGCAUAUUGAAGGGGUUAUUUGAAUCAAUCGCAGAGGUGGAAUCACUCGAUUGACCAAAAGUUUCAGCAAUCGCCAUAGUUCAACAAUCAAGGAUGAAAUUCGACAAGGAACAACAGGAUGCAAUGGGGAAGGAUGUAGAUCUUAGCAUCUACAAAGGAAAAGUACUAAUUAUCGUGAAUGUUGCUUCCAAGUGUGGGAUGACUAACUCAAACUACACGGAACUCAACCAAUUAUAUGAGAAGUACAAAAAUAAAGGCCUGGAAAUAUUGGCAUUUCCUUGCAAUCAAUUUGGAGAAGAAGAGCCAGGGACCAAUGAUCAAAUUUUAGACUUUGUUUGUACUCGUUUCAAGUCAGAAUUUCCUAUCUUUGACAAGAUCGAAGUGAACGGCGAAAAUGCAUCUCCUCUUUAUAAAUUCUUGAAAUCAGGCAAUUGGGGAAUAUUUAGUGAUGACAUUCAGUGGAAUUUUGCUAAGUUCCUGGUUGAUAAGAACGGGCAGGUUGUUGAUCGCUAUUAUCCUACCACAUCUUCUCUGACUAUUGAGAGGGAUAUGAAAAAGCUUCUGGAAAUCAUAUAGUUGCCAAGGGUUGAGCCUUCGAAGUCGCGGAUGAUUUUUCACUCGUUAAUUUUAUUUUUGAAACCGUUCUCCUGUUUUUGUUAUCUGAGUGAGAGACAUCAUAUAAGGACUAUUAUCACGUAGAUGAUCACCAAUGAAAUAUUGUGCAACAGAAAUUGUUCAUUCUAUAAGAGAAGUUUUAAACUGAUAUAUUAUCGACAUUCUUGAUGUUUAUUUAUGGAAAUCUUCUGGUUGAAGUU